UUGAAAGUGAAAUCAAUAUGAAAUUCUUGUUGGCAACUUUAUUGGUGGCAUUAUUUGCUGCAUCCGGCCUUGCCUCGGAACUUUUGGGACUUUUUGCAGAUCCUGCCAAUCCUGGCAAGUGCGUUUACGAUGAUUUAAUUCUAUCUCCCGGUGAGGAAGGCGAUAUCAAGGGAGAAUGUUCCCUUCUGUUGUGCAGUAACGAACUUGGCUUAGGCAAAAUACAAGGAUGCGGCAUAGAAUCGGUUGAAGAACCCUGUACAAUGGGUGAUUUUAUUGAUAGUUCCGCCCCUUAUCCCGAUUGUUGCAAACAGGAGAUUAUUUGCCCUAAAAGUGUGAGUGAUAGCGAUGAUGGUGAUGAACUUGGUUCCCCAGACGAUGACUUUGAUAUUUAUGCCAAUGAUGAUGUUGACUCUGACAAUGGUUUUGCCAAUGAAUAAAUAUUGA